AGCGAGUCGGUCAAAUACUUCCUGGAUAACUUGGAUCGGAUUGGACAGCUGAACUACAUUCCGAGCAGGCAGGACAUWUUGUUUGCGAGGAAGGCGACGAAAGGGAUCGUCGAGCACGACUUUGUCAUCAAAAAGAUCCCUUUCAAGAUGGUGGACGUCGGAGGUCAGAGGUCGCAGAGGCAGAAGUGGUUCCAGUGUUUCGACGGGAUCACGUCGAUACUCUUCAUGGUGUCUUCGUCGGAGUACGACCAGGUUCUGAUGGAGGACCGCAGGACGAACCGUCUGGUGGAGAGCAUGAACAUCUUCGAGACCAUCGUCAACAACAAGCUCUUCCUCAACGUUUCCAUCAUCCUCUUCCUCAACAAAACCGACCUGCUGGUGGAGAAGAUCCGCACCGUGGACAUCCGCAAGAACUUCCCCGAGUUCCGAGGAGACCCGCGCAGGCUGGAGGAUGUGCAGAUGUUCCUGGUGCARUCGUUCAGGCGGAAGAGGAGGAACCGGGGGAAGCCGCUGUUCCACCACUUCACCACCGCCGUGGACACAGAAAACAUCCGCUUCGUCUUUCACGCCGUCAAGGACACCAUCCUGCAGGAGAACCUCAAAGACAUCAUGCUGCAGUGACGGCAGCUCUGAGACUGUGAAACCGGCUCGACCGAUUCGAUGGUUGAGGUGGGGGGGCAUCCAUCAGAGUGGGCCGAGCUGACCUGUAAAACCUGUGGAGCCGUGGGGGUGACUCUGGGCCUGUGGCGAGCCUGCAUUUAACCUGUAGAAACGCGCUGAAACGAGGGCGAAGCUGUAGAGGAGAGCACCGGCAGGAGCACUGAAAGUGUUUUAUUUGUUCUGUAUAUAAGACUAAUGACGACUUUGUCACUAAACCCGAUCAGGCUGCUGCCCUGAUGGAACGUGGUUCAAKCUGUGGGAAACAGAGCGAGGAGGAAAGUCGAGCCAAAGUGUUUAAAAAAAAAAAGAAAGAAAGAAGUCCACGUGACGAGCGGAGAGAGCUGAGGGCCCAAACGGGUCAUAUGCUGCGUUAUGUGAUAAGCAUUCCUGUCAAUGAACUUUAACAGAAGGAAGAGACGAAACCCUCUCAUGCUUCCUUAUCUUCUUGUGUUGUUACUCUUCCACUCGUACGAGACAAACAGCUGCAGAGAAUCGAGCCGCCGCCUUCCUCUAAUCCUCCCCGUCCUCCUCCGGCACAAUAGGCCGACUGUUGGUCUCCUCCCUCAGCAGCACAAACAGCGGACAGACCAAUUAGAGACUCGUCCCAGUUUAAAACAAACGCCAGAGUGGCAGCUUCACAUCACUCACCGUUUGUCUGGAUCUCGCCCCUCCCGUGUCUUUUCUCUGCCUCUUAUUCCCACCAGCUCCUCCCGCUUAAUGCAACACCGCAGACUUCAUUUAACCCUUUAGAACCCRUUUCCAUUCAUGAAAAUUCUGGGUGUGURAAUUAUAACAAACGGAUURUAUGUAACACGUUUCUGAUUUUYUUUAMAUGCCUCCAACCAGUGGAAAUACAUUGGUCGUACAUAGAUUUAUUAUAAAUUUAGUUUUAAGAAUUUCAUAAAUUUUCAUAAAUGUGAUUUAAAACAACAGAAAAUAUAUUUAUCUAAAAUAACUGAGCUAAAUUAACUAAGAAGAUGRUUAGUAUUUUUCUCAUUGUGACGAAUCUUUUUGUACAGUUUAGUUUAUUGCCCAAUGUGACAUAUAAGUCACAGUAAUAUUUGACAAACCUAUUCUAUAUCAAAUAGUUUUAGAAAUGCUGUCAUUAUAGGCURUAGGUGAAAUAUGUCAUGUUCUCGAAGGAUUCAAGCAGCUGUAUGAGUGAAAACAGAUCUUUCCUAAGAGAAAGCAAAGUUUCUAAAAUUAGCUUAGCGGUCACAUUAGCUGCCCAGGUGCACCGAGGCUGUGGAAAUGAGAACUUGAUAUAUGACUGAAUCAGGAUGUUGCUAAUGAGUUAAAAGUCAAUAUUAAACCUUGAUAAGAAAUUUUUUCUCAACGCUAAAAGGGGCCGUUUGAGUUAAAAGAUUAAGAUGAUUUCUGCAUCGUGUCCCGUCCCGUUCGGAGACACGGAGGAAAAUGGCGAAGUCGAAACGUAAACGGCCUCUUCCUCGCGCUCCUUCCUGGUGGGUGUUUUUUUUUUUUUUUUUUUAAAGGAAAACAUUGAUAUCCUAUCAGUAACCUGAAGGAAAUCACAGUCCAUAGAGACCUCAAUUUUUUUUAUCAUUUUGUAAAACGCGUCUGUAUUUGACGACACUAAUAGUUCCCACAUGAGAAAUUUACAGCAAUGUUUACGUUGGGGAGCAAAACAAACAAAAAAAAAAUCAUUUGUUGCUACGUUACACUCAGUCACACACACUGAUUUAAGAUGGUGGUUAAACUACCAACUUAAUUUUACUUUAGACCCACUGUACCUCCUAAACUUCCUGAAAUCRUGUAGAGAAACAUGAAAACGUUGAUUGCGAAGAUUUGACGGAUUUCGGCCGAGCUACUUUUUCCCCACCUUGAGUCUUCUGUCUGCUUUCAUCAACAUGAACAUUUUCCACUCUGUUUACGACGAUACUGUGUCCGUUUGUSUGUCUGCCCUCCUGUAAAGUGAAUACUGUACAUUUUUGACUGACACUGUGUAUACCUGCAGCACGAACGCCACUCUUAACAGAACUGUAACUGGUUUGUUGCUGUAACCUGAACUAACCUUAUUUUUUUACUCACUUUGUUUUUUCUUUGAAAUGAUUUUAUUUUGUGCGUGUCAUUGCACUGGAUGUGUCUGUUAGAAGAAGGAGCAGGAAGGAAAAACGUCUGAGGARGAGAAACAAAUAAAAAAUGGCUCAGGCUGUCAGCAGGAAGAGAAGAGGGAGGUCCUUUGGCCCUUUUUUUUCUUCUUCUCGGUCUGUUUUUGUGUUUUCCAGCUCCUUGCCUCUGUGCUCUGUGGUGAAAUACACUGCCAUUUGCUGA